UUGAACUUGGCUCAGUUCUGAUCAGAACGUUGCCUCGGCGGUUGUCUACCCGGUCGUAGUUCGAUACGCGAUUUACUGUUUGUUUUUCGGAUCCUAUAUUUUCCUUACGACACAACAACAUGGGAGCAUUUCGAUGCUGGUGCUUGCUAUUUUCGGCGGUUGUGGUAUUGAACGGUGCAGUUUUAGGAUAUCCAGAUGAAGAUGAUUUUUCAAAAAGAGAAAACGACAUUCAAACGGACCAGGAAGAUAAUUGGUUUCAAAUCGAUGAUACUGAUGGAGACUUAACAGUUCCAGAGUUGAUCGAAAAGUAUGGCUACAAGGUGGAGGUACACUCGGUAACCACCGAGGACGGGUACAUGCUUACACUGUUCCGAAUAAUGCCACGGAAACCGUCAACAUCGAAAAAACUCCCCGUCUUUGUGAUGCACGGCUUGCUUGGCAGUUCGGCAGAUUUCGUUAUCACCGGACCUAACAACAGCCUCGCCUACUAUCUUGCCGAUGACGGUUACGAAGUGUGGUUGGGGAACGCCCGGGGAACGCGGUAUUCGAGGCGUCACAAGGAAUUGUCGGUUCAUUCGGAGGAGUAUUGGGACUUCAGCUGGCAUGAAAUCGGCUACUACGAUCUGCCCGCCAUGAUUGAUUAUGCGUUGAACAAAACCGGAUCGGACAAAUUGCAAUACGUUGGACAUUCGCAAGGCACCACCACGUACUUUGCAAUGACCAGUUCACGCCCAGAGUACAACCAGAAGAUUGCUCUAAUGACGGCCCUCUCGCCAGCGGUGGUGCUCAAAAGAGUGCGAAGUCCAAUACUUCAAGUACUACUUAAUCUAGCGGAUCAAAUUAUGGGUGUCUUCAAUUCCCUGAAUGUCCACGAAUUUCUCCCAUAUAAUGAGAAUAACCACAAAUUAAUGCAGUCUCUAUGCCCGAAAAAUACUAAGGAUACUGUAUGUGAGGAGUUUAUUGGACAGUUGACUGGCCCUCAUCCAGAGACCUAUUCUCCGAAACUUAUGGCUGCUUACACGGGACACGCUCCGUCAGGUGCAUCCGUUCGGCAGCUAAUGCAUUUUGCCCAAGUCGCCCGAACGGGCCACUUCCGGCAGUACGAUCACGGCCGGAAGGAGAAUCUUCAGACCUACAGCCACUGGAAACCGCCGAUGUACAACCUGACGGCCUCGUCCGCUCCGGUGCUGAUCUACUACGGGCGCAAUGACUGGAUGGUCCAUCCACGGGACGUCCAGGAAUUCUACAAGAUGUUGCCCCGUGUGGUGGCGGCGAACCUGGUGGCGGACAAAAAGUUCAACCAUCUCGAUUUCAUUCUGGCGAAAAAUGCGCGCACCGACGUGUACGAUAAUAUGCGACCGGUGCUCGAACGGUACAACACAAUAAACGAUCCCUCGGUGCGGUAAAUGAU